GAGGCCCGGCGUCCGGCAGCCGCGCGCACAGUGUCGCUGCCAACUGCCGCUGGAAACACGGCAGCGGGACGCUCGCCGACAGCCCAGUUCCGCAGCGGCUGCCUCCCGGGAGACGCCGCGCGCAGUCCGGGAGCCGAUUCUGCGGUGAACCGUCGCCGCCCCUCUGGUUCUGCGCGCACUAGCGAGGACUGUGUGCGCCCUCGGGAGGCGACCCGGGUCGACGCCCGGCCCCCCGGGCAGAAGCUAGGAGCCUUAGAGACUGCUGGUUUCUCCUUGCUGUGGAAGGGACUGGAUAAUGUAACCUGCUCUCCAGAAAGACCCACGUGGCCCUGCGCUGAGCAAGAUCUCUCAGACCCUGUGUCGUUUUAGAUCCACUUGAGAAGAAAUGAUGUGACAAUUCUUAUCAAAAAGGACUUUUUGGAAGUGUAGGAUACCUGUGAAGGUCACUCUUUCCCCAGUCUGUGAAAUAGACAUUCUCAGAUUCCAAAAUGCCUGCCAAGACCCCAAUUUACCUGAAAGCAGCUAACAACAAGAAAGGAAAGAAAUUUAAACUGAGGGACAUUCUGUCCCCUGAUAUGAUCAGUCCUCCCCUGGGGGACUUUCGUCACACUAUACACAUCGGCAAAGAGGGCCAUCAUGAUGUCUUUGGAGAUAUUUCCUUUCUUCAAGGGAACUAUGAGCUCUUGCCUGGAAACCAAGAGAGGGCAUACUCUGGCCAGUUCCCAGGACAUAACGACUUCUUCCGGGCCAACAGCACCUCGGACUCGAUGUUCACCGAAACACCCUCCCCAGUGCUCAAAAAUGCCAUCUCCCUCCCCACCAUUGGGGGAUCCCAGGCUCUGAUGCUGCCUUUAUUGUCACCAGUGACAUUUAAUUCCAAGCAGGAGUCCUUUGGGCGUCCUAAGUUGCCAAGGCUCAGCUGUGAGCCUGUCAUGGAAGAGAAAGUUCCGGAGAAAAGUAGUCUGUUAGAGAAUGGGGCAGUCCACCAGGGAGACACCUCGUGGGGCUCCAGUGGAUCCGGGUCUCAGUCCAGCCAGGGCCGGGACAGCCACUCCUCCAGCCUGUCUGAACAGUCCUCCGACUGGCCCGCGGACGACAUGUUUGAGCAUCCUGCCUCUUGUGAGCUUGUGAAGUCAAAGACUAAAUCGGAAGAAUCCCUGUCCGACCUGACGGGCUCCCUGCUCUCCCUGCAGUUGGAUCUUGGGCCUUCACUUUUGGAUGAAGUCCUGAAUGUCAUGGAUAAAAAUAAGUAACCAGGAGUCAGCUCUUUUUCUUGAGCAUAAGAGGUACCAAAAUAAGCAGAAAACAACAAAUCAACUAACCACAGCUGAUGGAAAGAGCUGCUCUGACUGUUUUUAUUUGCAGCCAUGUGAUGCAUUUUCUAAAGUAACGCUCCUGUUCCUACAAAAUAUUUUUUUAACCAUCAUGCCCUGUUUGCAAAAAUUUUGAAAACAAUAAUUUUUAAAAA